UUUUGAGAUGUGCGCCUACAAUAUAUAUCUGGGCGUGGCCCUCAGCGUUGUGCUCCUCAGCGCCAGCGUUAUCCAAGUUCAGGGUGGAGACGAGCGAGUUCUGAAGCUGCGCAAGUUCGAAAAGAUUCAGCAGGACGAAAAAGCUAUCCAGAGCAGCUUGUCGAUCAGUGAGCCAGAUGCUGAGGAUCAUCGCACAAUCAGCGGCGAGCUGAAAACCCUUUUGACCAUCGAUAACGAAUGGAAGGUUAAUAUUACAGUGCUUCGCAAGGAUAGCAGCGAGAAGGACUAUUCCAUGUUUAAGGAUGUGCCCAUUAUGGGCGCAUGCGAGUUGAUGGACACAUAUUAUAGGCGAUUUUUCUAUGACACUUUAAAGGACUAUUCCAAUGCUCCCCAUCCCGACAACUGCCCCCUGGCACCGACGGAAUUACAGAUCAAGGACUAUCCAUUAAAUGCAUCGAUGCUCAAGAAGCUCCUUACGCCCGGCUUCUAUCUACUGAACGGUCAAGUACUCAAAGAUGACGAGAUCAAGAUAAUGUACAUGGCCGAGUUGCAAGUGGAGUAA